AUUAACUUUGAAAACACUAGCACCGUGCCACCGUCCAGUGACAGAAAGACGAUACAUCCCACAAACAACCACCAUUUCCCUAACUCAAUAUACUUCUAUUUUACUCUAUUCUCGUUCUUUCUACUUCCAGUUUCUAAUUUCUACCACCAUCACUUCAUUCUUCUAUUCUAUUCUAUCCUCGCACGUGUGAGACAUGAACUCUCUUCAAUACUGUUACAUUCUUUCUCCACAUUCCACAAAACCCCGAUCUUCUCGCACUUUCCCGCCUAAUUUUCAUUUUCCUGGAAGAGGAAGAAAACAAGGUUUCUCAAUAUGCUGUUCUUCGAAAACCGACGAACGGCGGCCUCCGUUUGAUAUCAACCUUGCUGUUAUUCUCGCCGGCUUCUCCUUUGAAGCCUACACAACUCCACCGGAAAACUUGGGUAGGCGUGAAGUUGAUGCAGCUGGUAGCAAGACAAUCUAUCUUUCUGAGGAAUUUUUCCGUGAACUUUAUGACGGACAACUUUUCAUUAAGUUGAAAAAAGGAUCCAGUUUCCCUGCCAUGGAUCCAUGGGGAACAAGUGAUCCAUAUGUGGUCUUACAGAUGGGUUCUCAGUCUGCUAAAAGCAAUAUCAAAUGGGGGACAAAAGAGCCAACAUGGAAUGAGGAGUUUAUUUUUAAUUUUAAGCGGUCUCAGAACAAAGCUCUACAGGUUGCAGCUUGGGAUGCAAACCUCUUAACUCCUCACAAACGCAUUGGGAAUGCAGUUGUUGAUUUGGAAUGUCUUUGUGACGGAGAUACACAUGAAAUACUGGUGGAGUUGGGGGGAAUGGGUGGAGGUGGCAUGGUUUGGCUGGAGGUUAAAUAUAAGACCUUUGAUGAAAUUGAUGAUGAGGAAAAGUGGUGGAAGAUACCUUUUGUUUCAGAUUUUCUAAAGAAAAAUGGUUUUGAUUCUGCACUCAGAAAGGUUAUUGGUUCUGAUACAGUUCAAGUCAGCCAAUUUGUGGAGUACGCAUUUGGGAAGUUAAAGUCAUUUAACAAUGAGAAGGGUCAGAUAUCUGAUACUGAUAAUGAUAAAUAUGAUACUGAAAGUUCUAAGGAAUCAAAUGAUUCUGCAUUUAUGUUGAAGUCUCCUUCUCACGAAGCUGCUAGUUCAGAUUCAGAAGCCUCUAAUGAAGCUUUUAGUGAACAAAGAAACAUGGAAGAGUUUCACUCACGUGAUAGUGAAACUGGAACUGAACACACUUUGGAAUUAGACAAUAGAACAAGUGGUCAACCUGCCACUGCUGCAAUUCAGUCUUCACUUCCAGAGGUCAAAAAGGCAAAUGAGAAAUUGAUGGAGCAAACUGAAUCAAUUUUAGGAGGUUUAAUGGUUUUAACGGCAACAGUUUCCAAAAUGAAAGAUGAAGGACGUUCUUCUGAAGAGAGGAAAACAAAAGAAGAUUCUAUCAAAGGAGUAGGCAGUGAUGUUCAGUAUUCUACUAGUGAGAAGUUUCCUAGCCCCGAAAACGCAUCAUUUUUGGAUGAUAAACAAACUGAAGAAACGAGAGCCCUUUUUUCAACUGCUGAAAGUGCCAUGGAGGCUUGGACAAUGCUGGCCACUUCACUAGGUCAUCCUAGUUUCAUUAAGUCUGAGUUUGAAAAGAUAUGUUUCUUAGAUAAUGCAUCCACUGACACACAGGUUGCAGUUUGGCGUGAUUCUGUGCGAAGAAGGUUAGUGAUUGCAUUUAGGGGAACAGAACAGACAGCAUGGAAAGAUUUUGCAACGGAUCUAAUGGUUGUUCCAGCUGGGCUGAAUCCUGAGAGGAUAGGUGGAGAUUUCAAGCAAGAGAUUCAAGUUCACAGGGGCUUUCUAAAUGCAUAUGACUCAGUAAGGACCAGGAUCAUUUCUCUGAUUAGACUUGCAAUUGGUUAUGUAGAUGAUCAUUCUGAGUUCAUCCACAAAUGGCAUAUUUAUAUGACUGGUCAUAGUUUAGGUGGUGCAUUGGCUACCUUGCUUGCCCUUGAACUUUCAUCAAAUCAAUUAACUACGCGAGGAGCGAUUUCUAUCACUAUGUAUAAUUUUGGUUCUCCUAGGGUUGGUAACAAAAGAUUUGUAAAGGUUUACAAUAAGAAAGUUAAAGAUAGCUGGCGAGUUGUGAAUCACAAAGAUAUCAUUCCUACUAUGGGCCGGUUUAUGAGUUAUUGUCAUAUCAAUCAACCUUUAUUUCUUGCUGCAGGAGUUUCAACAAAUUCGUUAGAAAAUAAAGAUAUUCUUGGAAAUGGUUACGAAGGUGAUGAUGUUCUUGGGGAAUCCACACCAAAUAUCAUAAUCAACGACUUUAUAAAGGGCGAAAUGGAACUUAUUGAGAAGUUGUUACAAACUGAAAUUAAUAUAUUCCGCUCAAUCAGAGAUGGAAGUGCUUACAUGCAGCAUAUGGAGGAUUUCUAUUACAUCACAUUACUAGAGAAUGUAAGAUCAAACUACCAAGUUUCCUCGAGGUCAGAACAAGAUUUUAACACCAGCUUAUCCUGAGCCAACAAGAGUUCAUGGUGCAAGGCCAGACUGCUGACAUUCAUGUACAAAUCUACAUAUGAACUAAAGGAAGAUAUGGAAAAAUGCACAUAUAUAUUUCAUUAUCAUAUCAGCUUCAGCCAAAUCUUUAGAGGUAUGGUAGGAUCUACUCUAUGUAAAGUGUUAAGAAAAAUAUGUGUAAUCAUUUUCUUAUGAUCACAAGGGGGUUAGAUAUAGUAGAAGGGAUUAAUUCCCUCAUUGGGACAAAGUGUAUACAUAAGUGUGUCUUGAAUCGAAUUUAUCUCGGUUGUAGAGAACCCGACUGAUGAGUUUUACCGAAACCUUUUCAUUGGAUGGCAAUUAGUAAACUAUAAUAAAUAAUAAUACAGAAGAAAUGUUAAUAAAAAAUUCUUUUAACACAAUCUUUCUCACACACCCCCUUAUGAGUGAUUGAAUGGCAGCAUUGUAAUACUUUCAUUAUGCACCUCGUUCAUGCAGAUCAAUUCUCAGAAAUUUAGAGC